AUGGAUAUUGUAAAAAGGGAAGAGGCCAUUCCGAUGAAUAUGCGAUAUUUGAUUCUGCUGGCAUCUUUUCUAACCCUUCCAGUAUUUGUUGCAGAGCAAAGGUUGCUUAAAGAAAAGUACAUCCUUUGCUCUUUCGUUGGGUAUAUGAUUGGACCGUAUCUUGCUCUAGUGCCUAUAAGUUACAAGAUUCGCUUUAUGAUAGGCAGCGCAUGUUCAAUGGCUCCGUACUUUUUUUCGUUUAUUCCCACAAUUCAGGCAUUUCUUCUUGGCCUAAUUGUUUCAUACUAUCGCCUGGUUGUUGAUCUUUUUUGUCUGUCCCUGUGUGUAAAAACUAAGAAGAAACGAGUUGUUAUUUUAUCAAAUGUUAUUGCUGGAUGGAUGUCCUUUCUUGCUUUCUUUUCUUUUCGAUUCUGGCCGCUUGCCGCCUCUACGCUGUGCACGCCUUUUGUUACAAUUGUGUGUGCUUGCUUUGGCACAUUUAUUUCCUACAGGUUUAUUAUAGAAACGCCCGAGGAAAUAUUUAAACGAUACACGGAAGCAGAGCAAAAAAGUGAUGCAUAUGAAGACUUAUAUAGAUGCAUAGUUCACAUUAAUGGGGCAGAAGAGCUAAACAUUGACGAGUUUAGAGAGGACUACAGAUCAUUCCUAAAUGAGAAGACGCAGAUAGAAACCAAUGGCACACUUAGGGAAAGAGUUACAGCAAUUGCUCUGUCUAUUAAUGUUUCAUUUAUUUACAUUGCCUUUCAAAGAGCUGCUGGUAUUGAAAAUAAGUUUGGAUUGUAUAGACUGUUUUUGGGGUGCAUGCAACUAAUCUCCUGGAGUCUAAAAUAUACAUAUGAAUCGGGAAGCAUUUAUGUUAGUUUGAUUCCCCCGUUUUCACUGUUUUUUGUAUGCAUCAGUACAAACAACAAUGAAGAUAUGCUUCUUGCCUUUAUUAUGUUAUUUGGAACAGGGUUUGUGCGCAGUAUACCUCCCUCUCAUACGCUUACAUAUGUUGAAAUGGCGCUUUCUCGCAGCACGCAGUAUAUAUUUGUGACCAUUGUUUUUUUGGUGCUUGUUUUUUUCUUCUUAAACUAA